AUGAAAAAGAAUAAUGAAGAAUUUGAUGAUUAUUAUGAUGUUUAUGAAGAAAAUUGGACUAAUGAUACAUUUGGUGAGUUAGAAUAUACACAAAGUUUAGAAAAAAAUAUAAGAAAAAAAUUAAAUAAAGAAGAAUCAAAACAAAAUAGUUUUUUUAGUGCAAAUGAUAAAAUAAAAAUAAAUAAUAAUAAGGAAGUACAAUUAAAUAAAAGUGAUACAGUAUCAAAUGAAGAGCAUCAAAAAAAAAAUAGUAACAUUCUAAAAUUAAAUAAUAGUGAUUAUGAAAAUGCAAAUGGUAAUAUAUAUCAAGACAAAAUAGAGAAAGUUGCAUAUAAAUUAAAUAAUGAAGAUGAUAGAAAAAUUUCAAAUAGAAAAUUUAGUAAUAAACUAGAUGAAAAUAAAAAAAAUGAUCAAGAAAUUUAUUUAUUUAAGGAUAUAUAUGAGGAAUUACAAAAUUCUAGAAAUUGUAAAAAGGAAAAUUCUUUUUAUGAAGAUGGUUUUACAAAAAAAAAUGAUGAAAUUUUUAUUAAAAAUUUAGAAUACAAUAGCAGUAAUAAUGAAACAGAUAUUAAUGAAGUUCAUUCAAGUUCUCCAUUUAAUAUUAAUGACUCAGAUAUACACUUAUGGGAUAAUAUAAAUGAUUACGAUAGUAAUAACAAUAUUAAUAAUAAUGAUUAUUAUGAUAAUAAUAUUUGUAGUAAUAAUGAUUAUAUUAGUAACAAUAAUAAUUAUAUUAGUAAUGAUAAUAAUAGUAAUAAUAAUAAUAAAAACAUUCAUAAUAAUAAUAAUAAUAACAAUAAUAUUAGCAAUAAUAAUAAUAACGAUAAUAUUAGUAAUAAUAAUAAUAAUGAUAAUAUUAAUAAUAAUAAUAAUAACGAUAAUAUAAUCAAUAAUAAUAAUAAUAACGAUAAUAUUAGUAAUGACAAUAAUAUUAGUAAUAAUAAUAAUAAUAACGAUAAUAUUAGUAAUAACAAUAAUAUUAGUAAUAGUAAUAAUAAUAAUAAACAAAAAGAUUAUGACUUAAGAUCAAAUAAUUCGUUUUCAAAUUAUUUAUAUAACCAUUCAGAUGCGAGUGAAUAUAAAAAAGACAACAAUGAGAUUGAUUACCUUAAAAGAUAUAACUCUGAAGAGAAAAACUCGAAUACAAAUCAUGGAAAUGUAGAGGCCAUCUUAAGUGAUAGUAUAAAAGGUGAUAAUAAUUUAUUUGAUGAUAAAAAAAAUUUAAAAGAUAAAAAAAAAAUUUUGCAAAAUGAUGAAAACAUAUUUAAUAAUGAAGAUAAUGAUAAACAUUUUGAUUAUGAUAAAAGUAUUGUUAAAAAUAAGAAUAAUAGCUCAAAUAACAAUGAGAGCUCCCUUAUUAAUAUUAAUAACGUUAUUAAUAAAAAGAGUUCGGAUGUUAGUAGUAGUAUAAAUAAUGAUGAUUCUAUUAUGAAUAAUAGUUAUAAUAGCUUAAAUGAUGAUGAUCAUCAUCCUAUUAAAAAUAGCGAUUUAAGUUUGAGUAAUAAUGAUAGUACUGCUGAUAUUAGCUGUAGUAGUAUAAAGAAUAACGAUUAUUGCUGUAACUAUGAAAUUAGUGUAAAUAAUAACUAUAAUGAUGAUAAAGUUGAUUACGAUAGUAAUUCUAAUAAUAGUAUGAUUCGUGAUGAUUUCUACAAUGGUAAAGAAAAUGAAAAAUGUAUUAAGAUUAACCAAAAUAAUUAUGAUAAUUUCAGUUUGUAUGGAAAAGAUUUAAAUAAUAACAAUAAUAAAUUAAGUAGUUUUGAAAAUAGUAAGAAUGAUGAUGAUGAUAUAAUUAAUGAAAAUGAUGAAAAAUUGAAUAAAGACAGUAAAUAUCUUUUACAAGAAUAUACCAAUUUUAAAAAGAAAAAAAAUCAUAUAAAAAAAGAUUUUUAUAGCAAGAAUGACAAAAUUUUCAGUAGUAAUGAAAGUUUAAUAAAAAUUAACAAAAAUGAAAAUAUUACUAAUAAUAAAACAGUUAAAAAAAAUUUAUUUCUUAAAAAAAAUACUAACAUUUGCUCAGAAAGCAAAGAAAAUAAAGAUAGUUUUUUAAAAAAGGAUACAAUAAAUUAUUCAAAUUCACUUAAAAAUGAAAAAAAAAAUGAACAUAAAGAUGUUAUAAAAAAUAGUAAUGAUGAUACAGAUAUAAUACAUGUUGAUUUAAAUGAUGAAGAACAGUGGGAAGAAAUUGAUAGUGAAGAUAUGAAAAAAGAUAAUUUAAAAAAAAAAAAAAUAGUUACAGUUUUAAAAAAAAAAACGGAAGCAUCAAGGAUAAAUAACGAUAAAGUUAACAAUAGUAAAAUUUCAUUAAAAAAAGAAGAUAAUUUACAUAAUAAAAACAAAAAAAAACCUAAAAAAACAAAUGAAUGCAAUAAACAUGACGAAUUAAAAGAGUUAGGUGAUGAAUUGAAUAAGCAAAUAAGUAAGUUAGAAAAAGAGCAGGAUAAAGUAAAAAAAUUAGAAUAUGAAUUAAUAGCAAAAAGUGCUGAAAUGGAAUUAGAAAGAGAAGAAAUGAAAAAUAAAAUAGAAGAUGAAAAAAAAAAAAUGAUUAAAACAAUUGAAGAAGAAAAAAAAAAAUGGAGUAAAGAAAAAAAAAGAAUAGAAAAUGAAGUAGAAAAGCAAAGAAAUAUUAUAUUAAGUAGAAGAAAAUUAACAAAUGAAAUAGCAAUGUUUAAAAAUAAAAUUAAAGAAUUAGAAGAAAAUAUAGAAAAAGAAAGAAAACAACACAAAGCAAUUGUAGAUAAGCUAAAAAAGGGAGUUGAAAGUUUAACAAAAGAAAAUGAGAAACUUAAGAUGGAUUUAAAAAUAUCAGAAGAAUAUAGAAAGAAGUUGGAAAGUUAUCAGGAAAAAACAAUCAUGAAACUAGCCGAAAAUGCUAAUGAGCAAACAAAACAAAAUUUUUAUGAGUAUACAGAGGAAGAAUCAAAUUAUAAUUCAAUUAGUAAUAAUCGGAUAGAAAGCAAAGAUGAUAUGGAAAAGUAUGAAUCUCAGAAGAAAAUAAAAAAAGAUAGAAAGAAUGGAGAAAAAAAUAAGUUUGCAUAUAUAUAUGAGAUGAAAGAAUGCAGAGAAUCAGAUAGUUCUGAAAAUUCUAAUGAAAUUAAAAAAAUAAUAAAUGAUAAAAAUAAAAAAAUUCAGAAUGAACUAGAUAUAAUAUAUGAAAGUUCCAAUAAUAGUAAUGAAAAUUUCAAAAACAUUUUACGAAAAGAUAACACAUGUAUUGAUGUUUCAAAUAAUAAAUUAAAAAAAAAAAAUAAAAUUACACUUAAUAAUUUAUUCGUGCAUAAGGAAGACACCAUAAAUUCUGAUUCUUUCAAAACAAGUGAGGAAUAUAUAAAUAAAAAUUUGAAAAGAAUGAAAUCGAUAAUUAAAAAGAAUAAAAAUAAAUUAAGUAAUGAUAAGUUAAGUAUUGAGGAAGAUAAAAGUAGUAUUACUACUAAUCAAAAGAAUUUUAAAGAAUUUUUUUUUGAAAAUAACAAUAGAACAAAUGACAGUUUUGUGAACAAAGAUAUUAUUUACGAAGUCAGAAAUAUGAGUAAUGAAAAUGAAAAUCUUAAAAAUUCUCCCUUUUUAAAUAAUUAUUUGUAUUCUAAAAAUGAAAAAAUGGAAAUAACAAAAAAUCAUGAUAUAAUGUUUGAAAACUUAAAUGAAAAAAUAUCUUCAAAGAAAUUAAUCACAAAUAGAAAUAUACCAACUACACGAAACAUUAAUGAAAAUCAGAAAUAUUCAUUAAUGAAUAAAAAUGAAAAUUUAACUCAUAAUUUCUCUAUGAAUAAAAUAAAUCAAGAUAUUAGCUGUUAUACAAGUAUACCAAAGCAAAUAGAAAAAAAAAAUCCAGAAUGUUUAGAGAAAAAUUUAUCAAAUGUUACUAUGAACUAUAUAAAUAAUAAUUCAACAGAUAAUAAUUAUUUAAACGAUUAUGUUGCUGAUAGUAGCUAUUCACAUGAUGAUUAUAAUGAUAAUAUUAACAUAAAAAAUGAUUUAGUACAAAGUAAUUAUAUGAAGAAAAGUCCCACAAAUAAUAGUUAUCGUAGUUUAAAUCCUUUUGGAAAAAAUUGGGAGUUUAUAAUAAAUUUUAAUUUUGAUGAAUUAUUUAAUAAUUGUGAAGAAGUUAUUCAAUCGGUUUUUUCACCAUCAAAAAAAAUAAAAUAUAGGCAAGCAUUUAUUGAUGGAAAGGUUGAAACAUUAUUUGAUGAUGGUUUAAAAAUAAUUGAAAAAAAUAAAAACAAAAAAAUUAUUCAUCCAAGCAAUUUAACUAUUUAUCUUUAUCCGAGUAAAGAUUACAAAGCAAAAUUACCCAAUUCUUAUAUGUUAUAUCAUUUCGUUAGUAAAGGGAUAUAUCAAGUAAACAUACCAAAUAAAUGCCAAUUAAAUAAGUUUCCAAGCGGACAAGUUGAUUGCAAAUACAGUGAUGGCCAUAUGCAAAUUUUAUUUGUUGAUGGAAAAAGAAAAGAAAUUUUGCCUAAUAGAGAGGAAUAUGCUAUAUUACGUAAUGGUACUAUAAAAAAAUUAAAUUAA